UUUGACCUGUGACCCUGUAAUGGAGAUGGACGCAGAUCAAAUGUAUGUGUAUGUGGGGGCAUCAGCCGUGAACUCCCUGUUCGAUUAUUUCCUAUUCCAUUAAUUUCUUGUUAAAUGUUUGUAUAAAGUGAGAUUCGUUAUGUUCCAUACGUUUAGACCUCAGGAAAAAAAACAACAACAACUGAAUCGCUAAUUUCAUAAGAACAUUUUCCAAAAGUUUGGAUCCAGGUGAAAUCAACGCAGUCUUGUGAGAGACAUAAUUCUCCUAAUACCGCCAUUGUAGCAACUGUAAAAGGUUUAAGUGUACAUACAAUAUUCAAUGAGAAAACAUUGAAACAAAUUGUGCUGAGAUUUUGCGAUUUGGGCAAAGUCUAGUGACAGAAAUGGUCUCUUCUAUGCAUUCAGACUUGAUUAUUCUGUGGACGACAUCGUGAUGAACUGAAUUAAAUCUGCCAAGGGAUUUAGUCGUUGAUAUCAUCUAUUACUCAUACUACCAGGCGACAUCGCAAGACAGGGACGGUAGGCCACGGUGAACUAAGACAAGAGGAGCUACUCUCGUGUGAUGAAUGGAACUCGACAUUUGAGACCUCCACAAGUCAGUGAAAACAAAGACAACGUCUGCAGGAUUGUCGUUCUUGGCAGUCCCGGGGUGGGUAAAACGGGUAUGUAUUUUGAACGUAAGAAGUUUGACCUCAUCAAGCUUUACAAAAGAAAUCGCAAAAAUCAUGGAAAAAUCAUGAUACUGAUUAUUACUUUUUACAAUGAAAAUUUCUAAAAACAUUUUUAAAGAAGAAUAAGUACAUUUCAUUGCUUAAUGUCGGUAGACACAAAUUUAGGUUCCGUCGAAAGGGUCUAAGUUACUUUUGACUGAAACUGAUUGACAGAAUUGACCACAGAAUGGACCUCAGAAUUGACCACGGAAUUGACCACAGAAUUCACAACAGAAUUGAACCCAUAGUUGACCACAUAAUUUACCACAUAAUUGACCACGGAAUGGAACAUAUAAUUUACAGCAGAAUUGACCACGGCAUUUACCACAGAAUUCACAACAGAAUUGAACCCAUAGUUGACCACAUAAUUGAACACAUAGUGGACCACGGAAUUGAACAUAGAAUCGACCACAGAAUUUACAACGGAAUGGACCACAUAAUUCACAACAAAAUUGACCACGUAGUUGACCACAGAAUUGACCACAGAAUUGACCAUCGAAAUGAUCACAAAAUUGAACACAGAAUCGACAACAGAAUUGACCACAUAGUUAACUACAGAAUUGACCACAUAGUUAACUACAGAAUUGACCACAGAAUUGACCACAGAAUCGACCACAGAAUUGAUCACAGAAUUGACCACAUAAUUGACCAAAGAAUUGGCACUUCUGCUUACAGAUUUAAACGCAUUUCCAUGACAAGUGUUUUUUGUCUAUCUUGGCAGCACUGACUGUGAGGUUCUUAACCAAACGUUUCAUCGGUGAAUACUGCCCAACCCUCGGUAAGUGUGUGAGUCUUUACAACACAUGUACUAUCGGAAAGUGUGUGCGUCUUUGCAACACAUAUACUAAUAGCACCCUCGCAAACAUUUAAAUUUAGGAAUUAGUGAUAGAACAAGAUUCUGGAACUGGUUCAAAUGACCUACCCAUUACCCGCUGUUCCGUAACAAAAACUUUGAGACAUUUUUUAAAGACUUCUCAGCACUGACUUUCUCAGGAUUCUAAACUAAUGGCAUCUCCUACAGGCCCCUUGCUUAUUUUUCCUAACAAUUAAUCAUCGAAUAAUUUGUCCAGAUAUUUCUAGCGUUUGUAACAAUAAAACAUGAAUAUACUGAAUAUACUUUAUAUUAUAUACAACAACUGCACGCCAAUCCCCAUGUCCAGAGAGCGUGUACCGCUACAUAUCCGACAAGUCUGAUGACGAGGAUGUGCGACUGGACAUUCUGGACACAGCAGGACAGGUAAAUAUCGCUCCAAUCCUUAUCAACGCUAGUAGGCAAUGAAUUAAACCCCGGCAAACAAAUUCUAAAAUAGCACUACACGUGCCGUGUAGCGUACAUACAGCUUGUUGUUAGAAUACGUAUCUUUACAGCCCAAUCAAAACUUAAAAUAAAUCUCUUUUUUUAAAUUUUCAUAAUGAAUUGAUGAAUUUAUUGUCAUCGAUAAGUUAAAUUCCACUUUGCAUGAGCACAAUCAAGUUUCUGAGAAAAAAAAACCUAAGCAAUUCCGUGAUUAUUAAUUUUUUUUAUUAAAGGUCAAGAUUAGCUUAAUGUUCCAAAAAUAUUGGUAACAACGUAGCCCUCCAUUGUCCUUUAAUUGUGCGCCGCUUUUAAUUGAAUCCACCCAGGUCUCCACAAGCUGGAACGAAGGCUACGCUCUCUGGGGCGACUGUUUCGUCCUGGUGUAUUCGAUUACAGAGUAUUCAAGUUUUGAGGAAGUCCAUCGUCUGAGGCGACUCCUCGAAUCCUCCAGGCGGUCCAGCUCUAUGUGCUGUGUCGUGGUGGGCAACAAGAAUGACCUGGUGUAUGAACGGCAGGUCACCAUGGCUCAAGGGGAGCAACUGGCGCAUGAGGUGGGCUGUCGGUUCUACGAGGUAUCGGUCUGUGAUUGGCUGCAGUUACCGCAGGUGAGAUAGAAAGCCCACUGGCAUUACAUUAAGGUAUUACUUACCCACAAUCAAUGAAACAAGGGCUUAACCGGGUGCAAUUUCAUUUACAAUGGGUCCAGGUAUUUUGAGAAGUAGUCCUUUAGUCAGUCCUACACCCAACCUUCCGACCUUUAAACAAUAGUCCUACAGUCAGUCCUACAUCGCACUCGCCGGCCGUUAAACAAUAGGCCUACAGACAGUCCUACACCCUACCUGCCGGUCUUCAAACAAUAGGCCUACAGACAGUCCUACACCCUACCUGCCGGUCUUCAAACACUAGUCCUACAGACAAAUUAUCUCCAGCUUAUCUGCCGACAUCUAAACAAUAGUCCAACAGUCAGUCCUACAGGCAGCCCUAUACACAGUCCUACACCAUACCCGUGGCUCUUUAUUGAAAAAUAUAAUAGUCAUCUCCCCAAACAUUUACCUGAGUUCACGAGUCACGAUUGGCUUUUUUCCACUCAGUAAAAAAAAAAGGAGUUGAAGGGAUGGGCGGUUUCGAAAAGGAAGCAGGACACACCAGACGCAAAAUGUAUAUGAGAGAUACCAAAAUGAAUUCACUAGAAAUAUAAUAUUAAAUAAAUAAACAGCCAUAUUUUUCAAACAAUUACAUGUUCCGUGAGUGGGGUUUUCGUACAUAUUGAUCAACCCACUUUCUAUUUUUUUGUCAACAACUCUAAUACCGUUUACAUGAUUGCAAUUAUUAACGCACCGUUGGAGAUGCUGGUACAAAGGUUCUCACAGUUUUUGGGGUCGUAGCCACGAUUAAAAGAAGCAAAGGGUCUUUAUAUUAUUUGAUUCAUAAUUUAGAGGGCCGUUAUUUCUGAAUACCACUAAUGCAUUAAUCUACCCCCCCCCCCCCCCCCUAGCCCCCCUCCCCCCUUUCCUCCGUCAGGAUCCGGUUCAAAGACUUAAAAGCAAAGGGUUUUUAUAUUUUUUGAUUCAUAAUUUAGACGGCCCUUAUUCCCGACACCCCCUAACGCAUUAACCCGCCCCCCCCCCCCCCCCUAGCCCCCCUCCCCCCUUUCCUCCGUCAGGAUCCGGUUCAAAGACUUAAAAGUGCUGCGUCUAUUUAUUGCAGAUCUGUGACAUUUUUAACGACCUCCACGCCAUUUGGAAACGAACGAAAACGCUGAAGGACGGGAGACAACGGAAGUCCAGCUCCAGUGCAAAGUUCAAACAAGCCAUUCAAAAGGUCAUUUCCGGAAAGAGUCCCACGACAAAGAAAUUGUCUUCAAGUAACAGUGGUGUAACUUAGCCUCAUUCUAGAGGUAGCCCGAUGGCUACAUACAUUGUACAUAUUUUAUUAUAUUUUACAUAUAUAUAUAUAAAUAUAUAUAUAUAUAUAAAUAUAUAUGACCCUAAUAAGUCAACACUUACCUUUAGUAUGUGUGGACCUUAGAAAAUGUUGAAUGAGAUAUAACAUGCUUCUAUGUCUUUAACAAGUCCACGGUACACAGUAUCGCCAAAAUAAUUUUGAUGACAUUUUGAAUUAUUUGUUUUACAUGUAAAAUGACUUGUGAGAAAAGUAAAAAAAAAAAUAAAUAAAUAUAUAUAUAUAUGUAUAUAUUAUUGCGUUUUGAGAGCUUCAUUUCUGGCUCAUCAAAUAAUGUUAAAAUGUGAUAGUGUUUGUUUUUGAAGACUCAUUAUAGUUUUCAUAUCAGUAUUUAGUAACUCUUAUUGUAUUUUUAAUCAACUGUAACAGUCUUGAGAUGUCACGUUGAUUUUUUUAAAUGAAAGCCGCAAAUUGUGUGCCUGAUUCUCUGUGAUGGGCGAGGUCUAAUGUCAGAAAAGUGGCCAAUUCAAUUUAUGUAUAUGGCUAAAAUGGCACACAAGAUAACCAAUUUCAAGAAGUAUGCAUUAUUUAAACCAAUAAAACAACCAUAGACUCAUACAUUAGGAAAAAGAGGUCAUACAAUCAUUCUCCUGUAGAAGAGCCAUUCAUUAGUAAAAAAAAUGUCAUACAAUCAUUCACCAGUACAAGAGUAAUACAUUCGUAAAAAAAAAUUCAUGCAAUCAUUCAUCAGCACUAGAGUAAUGCAAUCAUACAUUUCAUAUUUAAUUUCUGACGACAGCCUAAAAAGAUGUACUUAACCUAGUCAUAAUGGUCCUAGUUCGUGUUUUAAUAUUUUGUUUAAAGCAGAAAAAAAAAAUAAAUAAAAAUAAAUUAGUUCGUUUUUUUUAAAAAAUCCAGAUGUUUGCAUUUUGUCAAUGUGUGGUGAUAUCAGUGAUGUAAAGGCAACAGAUGAAUG